AUGUCCACUGAAUCGUUGGACCACCUCUCCGAUCUCAGCGACAUCUCUGACUACAGCUACUACUCGGAUUCGGAUGAGGGUCAAAUAGUGAAAGUCGUCCGACGGCAAAAAAGGAACCAGAAAAGCGGAAUAGAUGCAGAAGAUGUAUUUUGCAUUAUUAUGAUGCUCAUGAUCGCCAUAAUCUUAGUUACAGGUGUAUUUACAGUUUUUAGAGCUGUUUUUCUGAGAAAACCUAUUCAAAACACUGAAAGCGCACGAACCAUGGCCAACACAAAGGGCACCUUCAAUCCAAUGGACAUGAGAUCUCUUGGCGAGAGGAGAAUGAUGAGAACAAGCGAGAUCCUAGAAGACCAGGAAAAAAUGACCAGAGCGCAACGAGUGUUCGAAUCAAAGGGAUGGUCGAAACUCGCAGAUGUGCCGGAGUACUACUGGGACAAGUUUAUGCCAGACAUCACAAGAUUCGAAGGCAUGGAUGCGUAUCUCCACAAGACGAAGAUGAAUGGCUCCCUAGUGGAAGAGGCUCUUUAUUUCCACCCGAUCAAAUUUGUGAAGAUCAGUGAGAAUGGGAGAAUCAGGACUUCAUGGCCAUCACUGAAUGAUGAUAAUUUCGAUAUGGCCAACGUCGGAUGUGGCGGUCCAAAGAUUGUGUUUCGCCAGAGUGGAUACAGAAUCGAGAAGGGUGAUCUAUUUUUCGAGCACACUUUUACCAUGGAAGGAGGACAAAAGAUGAUUGUGAAAACUGUCUACUAUGUUCCAGCGGAAACAUUUAUUUAA